AUUCUCUCAUGUUCAUACACAUAAACUAGUUAUGUUUUUGUCUUUGUCAACAACCUCAAUUAAUAUUUAGCAGUUGAUGGUUGGAGAGGAACUUUUUAUUUACUCUUUUUAUCUUCUGCCUUUUAAAGACUACUUGUUUCUCUUCUUCUUCUUUAUUGCUUAUAGCUUCUGAGCAUCAAUGGAUCCAAAUCAUAAUAAUCUUCUCAUCUUUGUAGCCUUUUUUGUUCUCUGCUUAGCCACCAAUGGUGUAACCGGAUAUGCCACGGUCACAGGCUCGGUGUUUUGUGACCAAUGCAAGGAUGGAGAGAGAUCUUUGUUUGAUUUUCCUGUCUCUGGAAUCAAGAUUAGUGUCACAUGUGCUGAUGAAAAUGGACAGGUCUAUAUGUCAAGAGAAGAGACUACUAAUUGGCUUGGAGGAUAUGUAAUGAGAUUUGAUGGGACACCGGAUCUAAGUAACUGUUAUGCUCAAGUUUCAGACAAUGGAGUUCAACAAGACCCAAGUAGCUGCAGCAUUGCUUCAGGUCCUGCACAGAAACUUAAACUAAUGUUCAGCUUUUUUGGGAUUGAAACGUUUGCUGCGGAUGCCCUUCUUGCUCAACCAGUUCAGCCAAGUUCUUUUUGUCCUAAACCACCCACAGCUCCGGUCAUGCCUCCUCCUCAAGUUCCGGUAAUGCCUCCUCCUCAGGUCCCGGUUAAGCCUCAUCCUAAGGUCCCGGUUAUAAGUCCUGAUCCUCCAGCUACAUUGCCUCCUCCUAAGGUCCCGGUUAUAAGUCCUGAUCCUCCAACUACAUUGCCUCCUCCUCUGGUCCCGGUCAUAAAUCUUCCUCCAGUUACAUCACCUCCUCAGUUUAAGCUUCCACCAUUGCCUCAAAUCCCUCCAAUGCCAUUUGUAGAGCCAUCAGCUUGUUCUCACCAGUUGUGGAUGAAACCUGAGUACAGAUGCUACUGGAGGGCGAUAGGUCCAGACACAAAGGUCGCAGUUGCAUUUGGGCUAGUAGCCGGGAGAAUAUACGGCACAGAUAUGACAGUACGAGAAGCGCUUGACGGGCGAGGAGAAGCCUAUAAGACACUUCUAAGAGAGGCAACAACUGCAUUGCUCAAUUCAUACAACUCUCUAGGAUUUCCUUAUAAUUCCGUCGCUGUGAUCACAUAUACCAAUCUGGCUCUCCUCGGGAAUUCGGAACACGAUGUCCUCAUGACUGCUAUUCGUUUCAUCAAGGCUAAUUCCGGGACCUGCAGAUUCACAGUCUGCAAUUGAUUGAAUGUGUUUUCAAUACUUAUAUACUCUACACUCUUUCUUUCUCUUUUACAUUGUUCUUGGGUCCUUUUGUAAUACUAUAAAAGUCUAUACCUGGAUUCAUUGGAGAAUUUAUGGACUAUUAUUGUAUCCCUAUUUAUACUCGGCAUUAAACUUAGUUGUUACAAAGCCUAACGUUCUAGCACUGUGAGCACUAAAUGUUGUUAUGAUAUAAUGCAUCAAUGAUUGGAGAGGGACAUGAACAAAAGUAGAUAUGCUUCAU